UUUCCAUUCAUGUCCUUUUUCCUUUCCUUCCGUUUCUGACUCGUGCAUUCUCUGUAAAAGCACUGAAAGCGGAGACUUCCUUUCCCUUCUCUUCCCCCUGAAACGCCACCACCAAAAUGGCGUCCCUAGCUCUCACUUCUGCUAGCUCAUGUUCUCUCGCCUUCAAUUCUCUUCCUUCUCUCAAAUCACGCUCUCUCUCACACCUCAGAUCCGCUCCAAAUUGCCUUCCUUCCCUCCCUAAACUCACCGCGAAUGCCAGAUUUCCUCCCACCAACCCAUUCGUUCCAAAAUUCUCCCGAUUGGAUACCACCGCCACCACAACUUCGACCUUUCAGAAACAGAGGAGCUUAAAUUUAACGGUCAAAGCGUCCGCAGCAGCAGCUUCUCCUGCCUCUUCAACACCUACCGCUCAGCCAUGGCAAGGCGCGGCUAUGAAGCCAUUGCUAGCCUCGAUUGCUACAGGUGUUAUUCUCUGGUUCGUUCCGGUCCCAUCUGGAGUCUCUCGACCUGCUUGGCAACUACUCGCCAUUUUUUUGGCCACAAUUGUCGGCAUCAUCACGCAACCGUUACCUCUCGGUGCCGUCGCCUUGAUGGGCUUGGGAGCUUCCGUACUCACUAAAACCCUCACAUUCUCUGCCGCAUUUUCUGCAUUCGGGGAUCCCAUCCCGUGGUUGAUUGCUCUCGCUUUCUUUUUCGCGCGAGGGUUUAUUAAGACUGGACUAGGAAACAGAAUAGCUUAUCAGUUCGUAUCGCUGUUUGGAUCUUCUUCUUUAGGUUUAGGUUACAGUCUCGUGUUUAGUGAAGCUCUAUUAGCGCCUGCAAUUCCUUCAGUUUCUGCUAGAGCUGGAGGGAUCUUUUUGCCGUUGGUGAAAUCUUUAUGUGUUGCAUGUGGUAGCAAUGCUGGUGAUGGUACUGAGAAUAAGCUUGGGUCGUGGUUAAUGUUAACUUGUUUCCAGACAUCAGUGAUUUCUUCUUCCAUGUUCUUGACUGCCAUGGCUGCGAAUCCUUUGAGUGCCAAUUUGACGUUGAAUACGAUUAAGCAAACGAUUGGGUGGACUGAUUGGGCUAAGGCAGCUUUUGUGCCUGGAUUGGUAUCUUUAAUUGUUGUGCCUUUGCUUCUGUAUAUAAUUUAUCCGCCCACAGUGAAGAGCAGCCCGGAUGCACCUAAGUUGGCUAGGGAGAAGCUGGAGAACAUGGGGCCAAUGACCAAGAAUGAGAUUAUUAUGGCUGGCACUCUGCUUUUGACGGUGGGACUCUGGGUUUUUGGAGGGAUGCUGAAUGUUGAUGCUGUCACUGCUGCUAUUCUUGGAUUAUCAAUCCUCCUUGUCACUGGUGUGGUGACAUGGAAGGAGUGCUUAGCUGAAGCAGUUGCCUGGGAUACCCUCACCUGGUUUGCUGCCCUUAUUGCCAUGGCUGGCUAUCUCAACAAGUAUGGCCUAAUCUCGUGGUUCAGCCAAACUGUAGUUAAGUUUGUUGGAGGCUUGGGUCUUUCAUGGCAGCUAUCUUUUGGCAUUUUGGUUCUUCUCUACUUCUACUCCCACUACUUCUUUGCCAGUGGAGCAGCUCAUAUUGGUGCUAUGUUUACGGCCUUCUUGUCUGUUGCCAGUGCUCUUGGUACUCCACCAUACUUCGGAGCCAUGGUACUGGCGUUCCUUUCCAACCUCAUGGGUGGCCUUACACACUAUGGUAUUGGUUCUGCACCUGUUUUCUAUGGUGCCAACUAUGUACCUCUUUCAAAAUGGUGGGGUUAUGGGUUCCUCAUAUCAAUUGUCAACAUUCUUAUCUGGCUCGGAGUCGGAGGGGCUUGGUGGAAGUUCAUUGGCUUGUGGUAAUGAGCUGGCCAUGAAAAUUUGCCGACCCAAAAUUUAUUAAUACCACGAUUUUAUUCACCCUAAAAUGGGGUUUUCGCUUGAUGCUUCACUGUCUAGUGAGAGGUUAGUUUUUGUUUCUAAUUCUUUCUCGAAGAAAUAAUCUUUUGGUGGAAAACUUGGAUGGACAGAAUCAUACACAUGGUCUGUUGAGCGCUGAAAUUUAGAAUUUGUAUCUGAAAUUUUGAUUCGCAGAGCAAACGCCUUCAAUUCAUGACACUGAGAUUAGUCAGAUGGCUGAAUAUCUCCUGUUUUUUGUUUCUAAAUGUAGUUCCUGUUGGUUUUUGAAGUAACAGAGUUAUGGAACAAAAUAUUUAUGUAGUUCAAAUAAUGUAUUUACUUUCAAGAGGAAGGGGUUGAACUUCAUGUAUGCCAGGAAGAAAUAUUGGAUUUUUUUAUUAUAUGCAUUUCAGCUGUGAACGGCCAAAA